AUGACACUCUUGGCAGCUCAGAUCAUCAAGACGGGUGACUGGACCAAGAAGAAUCUUGCAUUGGUGGAUAAGGAGUGUAUCCUCAAAGAUCAGCUGGAGGCUGCUAAAGCAAUUCCUGUGGAGAAGGGAAUGGCUAUGGCUAACAACUGGCUGCCAUGGCUAUGCCUGUCUGCUAUUGUAGCCGCUUGGCACAGUGGUGUGAGUCCUGUCCACAAUGGCCAGGUUUGCAGCACAUGGGGAAACUUCCACUUCAAGACCUUUGACGGGGAUAUUUUCCAGUUGCACUCCACCUGCAACUACAUCCUGACUUCGUCAUGCCACAGCAGUUACAAUGACUUCAACAUUGAGAUAAGAAGACAAGAAACUGGUGGUUCUUCUACCAUCAAAUACAUCAUUUUGAAGCUCCAGGGUUCAGUGGUGGAACUGUCAAAGGGCUCAGUGAUCAUUGAUGGCAAACUAGCCAUCCUUCCAUUCAGUCAGGGAGGAGUGCUCAUUGAGAAAACACCCACUUACAUCAAAAUCAAAGCAAAGCUAGGACUGGUUGCUUUCUGGAAUGAGGAGGACUCUUUUCUGGUCGAGCUAGACCAGAAGUUCAAGAACCAAACUUGUGGUCUUUGUGGAGACUUUAAUGGAGUUCCGCUUUACAAUGAGUUCUACAGUCAUGGUGUGAAAAUGUCCCUCAGGGAUUUUGCUGACUUCUGGAAAAUGAAUGGUCCAACUGAAACCUGCUCGGACUACACAGUGGUACCAACAAAAAGUUGCAACAACAUGAAACCAGUGUGUGAGCAUAUCCUUAUGGGGCCAGCCUUCGACAGCUGUCGCCAUCUGCUGGACAUUGAGUCUUUCACCUCUGCCUGCGUUGCAGACCUCUGCCACUGUGGCAACAGUGAAGAUGAAAAAGCAGAUCCCCUCUGCCUGUGCAAUACUGUGUCUGAAUUCUCCCGACAGUGUGUUCAUGCUGGUGGGAAGCCCCAAGGUUGGAGAACCAAAGAGCUCUGCUGGAAAUCAUGUCCAUACCAAAUGGAGUACAAGGAGUGUGGGAGCCCCUGUGCUGACACAUGCUCAAACCCAGAAGCCAGCCAUACAUGUGACAGCCACUGCAUCGACGGAUGCUUCUGCCCUGCAGGCAUGGUGCUUGAUGAUUUAAGUGGAAUGGGUUGUGUUCCACUGAGUGAAUGCUCGUGCAGCUACAACAGCAAGAUCUAUCAACCUGGAGAGUCCUACUCCAGUAACUGCAAACAAUGUGUGUGUGCGAGUGGUCAGUGGAAAUGUAGUGAGGAGAACUGUCCAGGAACAUGCUCUGUGGAGGGAGGAGCUCACAUGAAGACCUUUGAUGGAAAAUUCUACACCUUUCAUGGAGACUGCUCUUAUGUUCUGGCUAAGGACUGUGGUGGAGGCCACUUUGUCAUACAGGGAGAACUGGCACAGUGUGGACUGACUGAGAGUGAAACAUGCCUCAAGUCUGUUACCUUGGGUUUGUCUGGAGGAGCUAAUGUUAUUACCAUCCAGCCCAACGGCAACGUUUUUGUGAAUGGCAUCUAUUCUCAGUUACCAUUUUCUGCUGCUGGGAUUUCUGCCGUCAGAGCAUCCUCUUUCUAUCUGCUGGUACAGACAUCUGUUGGUGCUCUGUUGAAGGUGCAGCUCCAGCCAGUCAUGCAGCUCUACAUCACAGUGACCAGCGACUACCAGGCCAACACCUGUGGUCUGUGUGGGAACUUCAACAAUAACCAGGCUGAUGACUUUCUUAAGCUGAGUGGUGUUAUAGAUGCCACAGCACCUGGUUUUGUCAACAGCUGGAAGACACAUGCUGGUUGCGCUGAUAUUAAGAGCAGCUUUGAGAAUCCCUGCAGUCUCAGCCUGGAUAAUGAGAACUAUGCCCAGCACUGGUGUUCCAUGCUGACUGACCCUCGAGGAGUGUUUGCCUCCUGUCACUCUGAAAUCAGCCCCGACUCUUAUAAAGAGAACUGCAUGUAUGACAGCUGUAACUGUGAGAAAAGUGAGGACUGCAUGUGUGCUGCAGUCUCCUCCUACGUCCACGCCUGUGCAGCUGCAGGAAUAGAGAUCAGUGAAUGGAGAAAGGUCAUUUGUGGAAAAUAUGCCAGUUCUUGCCCCAGCGGCAUGGUCUACUCCUACAACAUCACAUCCAGCAGUCGUACCUGCCGCUGCAUCAGCAGCACAGAUUACAGCUGUCAUGUCUUCCCACCCAUCGAUGGCUGUAUCUGUGCAGAAGGAACCUAUCUGGAUGACUCUGGGAACUGUGUCCCAUCUGAGGCUUGUCCCUGUUAUGAUGAAGGCUCAACAAUUCCUUCUGGUCAGGUCAUCAACAAGGAAGGGGUCCUGUGCACCUGUAAGGAGGGAAGACUCAGCUGCAUUGGAGAGUUUAUUACAAAACUGUCCUGUGCUCCUCCUAUGGAGUUCUUCAACUGCUCUGCUCAUGGUCCAGCUGCAAAGGGAACUGAGUGUGAGAAGAGCUGCAGCACAUUAGACAUGGCCUGUGUGAGCACAGGAUGUGUCUCAGGCUGUAUGUGCCCCUCUGGAAUGGUAUCUGAUGGUAAAGGGGGCUGCAUCGAGCCAGAUGCCUGUUCCUGUGUGCACAACGGUAUCUCCUAUCAGCCUGGAGAGACCACCAAAGUGGACUGUAACACCUGCACUUGUCAAGACAGGAAGUGGCAGUGCACCACCAACCAGUGUGAUGGAACCUGCUACGUCUACGGUGCUGGACACUACAUGACCUUUGAUCAGAAAAGCUACACUUUUGAUGGCAGCUGUGAAUACAUUCUCACUCAGGACUAUUGUGGCAGUGCUCAGAAUAAUGGAACAUUCAGAGUGAUCACAGAGAAUGUUCCAUGUGGAACCACGGGAACCACAUGCUCCAAGACCAUCAGAAUCUUCCUCAAGAGUGCAGAACUGAUUCUAACAGAUGGAAGCUACCAGUUGCUUUCAAGUGGAGAUGAAGAAACUGUUCCAUUCCAAUACAGCACUAUGGGCAUUUACCUGAUAAUUGAAGCAAAUAAUGGUCUCAUUCUCAUGUGGGACAAGAAAACCACCUUGUUCAUCAAACUCAGCCCAAAAUAUAAGGGUCAAGUAUGCGGGCUCUGUGGCAACUAUGAUGACAGUGCAAAUAAUGACUUCACUACAAGAAGCAACGCUGUGGUCGUCAACCCCCUGGUAUUUGCGAACAGCUGGAAGGAUUUACCAAGCUGCCCCAAUGCUCUGAGCAUCAGCAACCCCUGCACCACCAACCCAUACAGACAGUCAUGGGCCCAAAAACAGUGCAGCAUCAUACAGAGUGAUGUCUUCUCUGCCUGCCACUCAACUGUGGAUCCUGGUCCAUACUAUGAAGCAUGUGUGUUUGACUCAUGUGCUUGUGACACUGGUGGAGACUGUGAGUGCUUCUGCACUGCUGUGGCUGCUUAUGCUGAAUCCUGUAAUCAAGCUGGCGUCUGUGUACGAUGGAGAACCCCUAACAUCUGCCCUCUCUUCUGUGAUUACUAUAAUCCUCCUGGUGAAUGUGAGUGGCACUACAUGCCAUGUGGCGCAUGUAUAAAAACCUGCAGAAACCCCUCAAGCAACUGUUCUACACAGAUACCUCCUCUAGAAGGUUGCUAUCCAAACUGUCCUCCUGCUGAGCCAUACUUUGAUGAGGCUACAAUGAGAUGUGUUUCAAAAGAACAGUGUGGCUGCUACAGUGAAGAGGGGAGACACUAUAAUAGUGGUGACAAAGUGCCUACAACUGUGAACUGUCAUACAUGUAUGUGCAAUUCAACAACUAUCCAGUGCCAAUAUGAUGCAGAAGCCUGUAAUUGUACAUAUAAUGGAAACACAUACCCCACUGGCAAUACAAUCUAUAACACAACGGAUGGACAUGGCAACUGCAUCACAGCCGUGUGUGGGACUAACGGUACCAUUGACAAGAGGUCAUACCCAUGCCCAACACCAGCAAUGACAACUCUGCCACCAACAUCAACUGCUACAACCACCACACCUACUACUACUACAACAACAACUACUCAGCCACCUACAACAACAACUUGCCCUGGAGGACAUGAUGCCGUAUGCUCUAUAGUUUACAAUGAGACAGACAAUGAUGGCUACUGCUACACAGGGUACUGCAAUGAGUCCUGCCAUGUAGUGCCUGGACAUUACAAGUGUAAUAUAAAGGCGUGUGUUGAUGUACAUCCUCCAAGACAGGAUGGUGAAAUUUGGAAGGCAAGUAACUGCAGUAUAGCAACAUGUAACAAUGGCAGCGUAACCUAUAACAACACAUAUUGUCCAGCUUUGGAGCCUGUAGUGUGUGCAAAUAACUUCCCUGCCAUUGAAGUGAAAGAUGCUGAUCAAUGUUGCUCCCACUAUGAGUGCCAAUGUAUCUGCUAUGGUUGGGGAGACCCACAUUAUGUCACUUUCGAUGGAACCUACUAUGGAUUUCAAGGAAACUGUUCCUACUGGUUGGUGAAAGAGAUCUUGCCCACGUAUAACUUCAGCGUUAUGAUCGAUAACUACUACUGUGGUGCAGCUGAUGGACUGUCCUGUCCUCAGUCAAUUACCGUCUUCUACAAUAGCUACAAGAUCUUUAUUACACAGAAGGACUUCAAUGGGAUUUUUACAAACCUCAUUACUGUGAACAACAGGCCUGUAAGUCCUGCAUACCAGAAUGGUGACUUCCGAGUGAUUACCACUGGUAUCAAUACAGUGCUCGUCAUCCCAGAAAUCCAGGCCAAGAUCACCUUUUCAGGGCUUAUGUUCAGUAUCUACUUGCCCUAUGAAAUAUUUGCUGGCAACACUGAGGGGCAAUGUGUGCUCAUACUUACCAUAAAUUAUAUCUUCUCCAGUGUGUUCAAACGUUGUCACGGAAUCAUUGACUACAACCCAUUUGUUGUGGCCUGUGAGUUUGAUGUGUGCCACACGCACCUUACACACAUUGGCUGUAACAGCUUACAAACAUAUGCGGAUGCCUGUGCUGAGGCUGGAGUGUGCAUUGACUGGAGGUCAGCCACCGGUGGACUCUGUGAAUAUACAUGUCCAAGCCCCAAAGUGUAUCAGGCCUGUGGGCCGCUGGUGGAGCCCACCUGUGAUUCCUGGUACAAUCAGAAAUUCAUCUAUACCAGAAACGAGUUCAGUGCCAUGACAAAUGUGACUAUGGAGGGUUGCUACUGCCCAAAUGGCACUUUCCUACUGUCUUCUGGCUCAAAUGAAUGUGUGCCUACCUGUGAAAUCUGUCGUCUGGCAAAUGGAAAAUGGACGAAGGCCAAUGCAACAUGGAUAGAAGACUGUGAGGAAUGUAUAUGUGAGGAAGACACACUGCAGGUUUCCUGCCAUCAUGUAUCGUGCCCAACACAGCCACCCCUCAGCUGUGACCAAGAAGGUCAGGUCAAGGUCAAUGAUACUGUUGGCUGCUGUCAGACAGAGAAGUGUGAGUGCGACUUGAGGCAGUGUUCUGGUUCUGUGCCAUGCUGUCCUGCUGGUUAUACCAUGAACACCACAAUGGGAGUCUGCUGUGCCAAACACUUCUGUGUUCCAAAAAGUGACGUGUGUGUAUUUAACAACCAAGAAUAUCAGGUUGGAGAUGUGGUGCCCAUGACACCAUGUAACAAGUGCAGUUGUAGUGACCAGACAGAUGCCAGCAGCCACCUGCACAAAGUAGAAUGUCAGCCUAUACCAUGUGACACAAACUGUCCUCUGUUCAUCACCAUUGAGGCAAAGACGACAUGCCCACCCUACAACAUCGAUAACUGCGUACCGGGAACGGAGACCAUCGGUCCAGACGGAUGCUGUCCUGUCUGUAUUCCAAAGGAUCACUCCUGCAAUGUGUCCACAACUGCCGUACAUGUGGAAAGCCAAGGCUGCCAGUCCAAAGAGCUAGUUAACAUCACAUCUUGUAGUGGAGCAUGUGGUACCCUCACUGUGUACUCUACGAAAAUUAAAUCUUUGCAGCACACCUGCACCUGCUGCCAGGAGGUGGCUACUUCUCAGCGACAGAUCCAGCUCUCCUGCCCUGACAACACUGAGAUCACCUACACUUACACCCACAUUGAUGCUUGCAGCUGUCUCAAAACAGAGUGCUCUGCGCCUGGCAACAGUGCAACGACUACCCCCUCCAGCAGCAAGUCACAUCGACGCAGGAGAUAAAGAAAAAAACAGAACUAUCAUAGCUACUGGUCACAUAAAGAGCAUGAAUUUAUAGGACCAUAAAUCAACUGCUAUAAUGAAUCGAUGUUUUUCCAUCUGCUUACAUAUUUCUCUAUUUAUUUGUAUUAAUACUUAAUUUCAGCUUGAUAAGACUCAUAAAGAUCACCAUAUUAAAGAGCAAACUGUCUGUUUUUGUCCU